AUGGCCAGUAUGCUUCGCACCGAUCCCAACAUAAUCAUCACCGGCACGCCCGGUGUAGGCAAAACCACCCACUGUGAGGAGCUCGCGCGCAAAACCGGCUUACACCACCUCUCCAUCAACGAUGUCGUCAAGAAGCAUAACAUUGGGGAGACAUCCACGGAUCCAGAUGAUCCUAGUGUCAAGAUCGUAGACGAAGAUCGCCUUCUGGACUGCAUCGAGAACGAUCUUGAGGAGGGCGGACAGAUUAUCGACUGGCAUGCCUGUGAUCUGUUCCCACCGUCGUUGAUCGACCUGGUCUGCGUGGUACGGUGUGACAACAAGCUCCUAUAYGACCGACUGAAGGCCCGGAACUAUGGAGAGAAGAAGCUGGAGGAGAAUAUGGAUUGUGAGAUCAUGGAGGUACUGCUGCAAGAAGCGCGGGACGCCUACGAGGAGGAGAUUGUAGUUGAACUAAAGAGCGAGAGCACCGAAGACAUUGACGCGAACGUGGAGCGAAUUGAGACUUGGGUGAAGAACUGGAAGAAGGAUCACGGCAAAGAUGAGGUCAAGGCACAGGGUGGAGAGGAGAAGAAGGAUGAGGACGACCCCAUGUUCUUGCACGGUUGA